GAUUCGUGCAUUUUUAACGUGUUUUUCUCUAACGUUCUGCUUUGUGUAACGAUCAAAUGGAAAAUAGUAUCUAGUUAAUGCCAUUCUCUUGGUGAAAGAAGCCAUUUUCAAACCACUAUGGAAGUAGAAAACAAUGAAACGAACAUUACAAACGCUUCAAUUGCAGAAAGAUACAUUGCUUCUGCAUUUAAUUUGAAUCCAGAAGAUAGUAACUGGAUUGUAACAAAUUCUUUUAUAAUUUUUACUAUGCAAACGGGUUUUGGUAUGUUGGAAUCUGGAUGUGUUUCUUUAAAAAAUGAAGUUAAUAUUAUGAUGAAAAAUGUGGUUGACAUAGUGCUUGGCGGUUUAACUUAUUGGGCAUUUGGUUUCGCAAUGAGUUUUGGAACAAGCAAGUUUAAUAAUCCUUUUAUUGGUUUAGGAGAAUUUCUGAUAGAUCCUUCAGUAGAAGAUACACUUAUGGGUCCAAAAUGCGCUGCAUUUUUAUUCCAAUUAAGCUUUGCGACUACCUCAACCACCAUUGUUAGCGGUGCCAUGGCUGAGCGAUGUAAUUUCAAAGCGUAUUGUUUAUUUUCUUUUUUAAAUACAAUUGUCUACUGUGUACCAGCAGGAUGGUUAUGGGGUGAUCAAGGUUUUUUGAAAAAAAUGGGUGCUGUUGAUAUCGCUGGUUCUGGAGCAGUACAUCUUGUUGGUGGCAGUUCUGCACUUGCGUGUGCCAUUAUGUUGGGACCAAGAGUAGGCAGAUAUGACAAUGGAAUUGAUCCAUUACCUCUUGGGUGUCCAGUCAAUGCUAUCAUGGGUUUAUUUGUACUUUGGUGGGGCUGGUUGGCUUUUAACAGUGGUAGCACAUAUGGUAUCAGUGGACAACGAUGGCAAUAUGCUGCUAGAGCAGCAGUUUCUACUAUGUUAGGAAGUAUGGGAGGUGGUUUAAUUGGACUAGGUUUCAGUUUAAAUGGUCCAGAUAGAAUUGACAUUCUAAGUCAAAUAAAUGGCAUUCUUGGUUCACUAGUGGCAGUUACAGGUGGUUGUUUUCUUUUCAGGGCCUGGGAGGCCAUAAUCGUUGGAAUGGUUGGUGCUUUUAUUACAUGUUUUUCCAUGCCCAUUUUGGAUAAAAUGCACAUUGAUGAUCCUGUUGGAGCUAGUGCAACGCAUGGUGCAAGUGGAAUUUGGGGUAUCAUUGCCAUAGGUUUAUUUGCAGACAAUCCACAUCCUCUUGAUACCACCAGUGGAAGAAAAGGAUUAUUCAAAGGAGGAGGAUGGUGUUUGUUAGGUGUACAAUGUUUAACAGUUGUAUGCCUAGCAUUUUGGAGCUUCAUAGUAUCUGUUAUAUUGCUAUGGUUUAUAAAUAAAAUUAUACCAAUAAGAAUGAGCAUACAUGAUGAGCUUUUAGGUGCAGAUUUAGUAGAACAUCGAAUACGACAUCCACAGAUUGGAAUAAGUAGAGCUAUGUCUGCACUUCGACCAGCUUCGCAAAAACACGAGUUAAAUAACGUGCAUCCCAUAGGAAUCAAUCCUGGUCACGAUUCAUACAUUGAAAAACAUAAUCGUAAAAAUCGCUUGAAAUAUGGAAAACAACUUAUACUUGGGAGAAAGUUAUCAAAGAGUCCUAAGUUGAAUACUGUUACUGAUGCUGUACUAAACGAUAAAAACAAACCGAAUUUCGCUUGGAUAGAUUAAUAUUUUCCAAUGUUUUCAACAUUGUAACAAUCGUAGAUUUAUUAGAAACAUAUAAAUGUAUUCACAUAUACCUUAUAACGCUUUCACACAGUAUUCACAUAUAUAUAUGAGUACCAUAUAGAAGCAAUCUUUGAUAAAUAAUUAAAAUCUUACACAAAUCUUGUUGAAAGAUCACAGACACUGUAAAUACGUAUAAUAUCCCGACUAAUAGUAUGGCACCUAAAUAGAAGUCUCUUUUGUUAUAAGUUUCAGAUAAAAUAUUAUUAUGAAAAAUUAUUUGUCAUCUUUAUUUAUCAAGGACGUAAUAUUGGACGCUUUUUACGCUAUGAUAGGCAGGAAUUGCUCUUCGAAGACUGUAUUACAUAGACAUCAAGAAAAUAACAAUUCCUAAUUUCUCUCAUUUUGUUCGAUAUUAUUAAAUAUUAUAUCUAUAUAUGUUUAUGUUAAUCUUGUAUCAUAAAUGCAAACUACAUUUUUUACUGUGUUAACAUAUGGCCUAAUUAGAUACCAUAGUUAUUUUUACAAAAUGCUUGAUAUUUUUUUAAUACUACUAACUACACUAA